CGUCGCAGGUGCCGCAAAGGCCUGUGGGAACUACCCGAGAGGAAGGCCAAGAUGGCGGAAGCGGCGGAGUCUCCGGGCGACCGGGGGACAGCGUCGCCCAGGCCCCUGUUUGCAGGCCUUUCAGAUAUAUCUAUCUCACAAGACAUCCCAAUAGAAGGAGAAAUCACCAUUCCUAUGAGAUCUCGCAAUCGAGAAUUUGACAGCUCCACGUUAAAUGAAUCCGUUCGGAAUACUAUUAUGCGUGAUCUAAAAGCUGUUGGAAAAAAAUUCAUGCAUGUUUUAUAUCCGAGAAAAAGUAACACUCUUUUAAGAGAUUGGGAUUUGUGGGGCCCUCUGAUCCUUUGUGUGACACUUGCAUUAAUGUUGCAGAGAGGCUCUGUGGAUAGUGAAAAAGAUGGAGGACCCCAAUUUGCAGAAGUAUUUGUCAUUCUCUGGUUUGGUGCAGUCACCAUCACCCUCAACUCAAAACUUCUUGGAGGAAAUAUAUCUUUUUUCCAGAGCCUCUGUGUGCUGGGUUACUGCAUACUUCCUUUGACAGUGGCGAUGCUGAUUUGCCGCUUGGUACUUCUGGCAGAACCAGGACCAGUAAACUUCACGGUUCGGCUUUUUGUGGUGAUUGUGAUGUUUGCGUGGUCUAUAGCUGCCUCUACAGCUUUUCUUGCUGAUAGCCAGCCUCCAAACCGCAAAGCCCUUGCUGUGUAUCCUGUUUUCCUGUUCUACUUUGUCAUCAGUUGGAUGAUUCUCACCUUCACUCCUCAGUAAACUGGGGAACAGCAAUUUAAAAUCAGUGAACUAAAGGCUCAUCAGAAAGAUACCAUUCACCACAGAGCUCUAACAUUAGCCCUUUUGUCAACUUUCGGAGAUUAUUAAAAGGGAACCAUACAGCACUGUUGUCACUUAUGUAAGGAACUGAUGUUUGCAAGGCUGGCCUUUCCUCUCAAUGUUAUUUCUCUCAAGUACAUGUGCGUACUACACA